AACUUAUUAUUGUUUAGUUUUAUUUUUUAAGAAAGAGGAGUUUUGAAUAAUUAGUUUUUUACAAAUGCUGUGUUGGUCCUUUGCAUGUUUGGAGCUGUAAUAAAUUUUCACGCUGAUCACAUUUUCAGAAAUAGUCAACAAUAUUAAUAGUGAUGUGGUGAUUGGAAAACUUUUUAUCUUAUCAGAUUACCAUAUUAUUUUAAUAAUUUUUUUGGCUUAUCUCCAGGCAAAAUAUAAUGGCCAUUUCAACACUGGAUAUGGGUUUCUAAACCAAAUAAACAGUUUCAUUUUUUGUAGGAGCCCCUGGAAACGGAGGAAAGGCCACUAAUGUCGGCCUGAUUAUGUAGAUCCCUACUUUAAAAGAUGUACAUGUAUAAAGUUUUAAUUUUCUAGAUGUACAUUUCUGCUGUAGGCUAAAUGUGGGAGUAUGAAGGUAUUACUGAUGGGGUGUCAGAGUAGCUGUGGCUGUGAUUGUGAGAAAUUGUGGAGCUCAAAGACUUUAGUUUGAUUAGCUACAAUUAAGAUUUUGGUCAUUUAUAAAUGCUAUUGGAAAAAAUUUUUUAAAAUAACUUUGAUGCUUUUAAAGUUGUGUAAGCAGUGAUUUAAGUAUAAUAGUAAUGAAUGGAUCACGUAUCGUAUCCUGGCUAUUAUUAAGAAUGAUAAAAUGUAUCUGUAGCAUCACAGAUUUGUGAGGAUGGGUUGUUAUAGAAACUGAGUAACUUGUUGCAGGGUUUUAUUUUAUUCACACUAAUGGCACAAUCUAAGACUACAAGUGUUUCAUUAGCCUUUAAAAAGUCAUAAACACAGUGUAUAGCUCUUUAAUUUAUGUUUCCAAAUGUUUAAGAGUUUAUGGCUAGGAAUGAAUUACCAAAUUACCACAUUCACAAACCUGGGUUAUUGUAUUGUUGGUAUUUCAGUGUUCCCUCUAAACAUUGCUUUGGACUUUUGUGAUUUUUACAAGAUACAUUAUUAUAGCUUUUUGCUUUGUUUUUUUCUUCACAGCCCAUACCAUGGAGCUUCCAGCGGAUGGAUCCCCGAUGUUGGAGGGACUUCCAGAUAAUGGUAAGGAAGACGGUAAGUUGUGUUUAAAUGGAGCAAACAUGGUUUCUGAAGACCAUGGAGAGGAGUUGAGGUAUAGUUCACCUCCACAGUCUGAGGACUCUUCUACCAGCUCCAGUGGUAGCUCUUCUUCUAGCUCCACUGGUAGCUCUUCUUCUAGCUCCAGUGGUAGCUCUUCUUCUAGCUCCACUGGUAGCUCUUCUUCUAGCUCCACUGGUAGCUCUUCUACCAGCUCCAGUGAAGAUGAGGUAGGUAAUGGAGACCAGGACUUUAGAUCCCGAUUUCGGGUUGUCCAGGUCCUUCAACCAAACAUUAAAUUCCUGUGGGGCAUCGGCGUGCUUGAACAGGCAUUGGAACGUCUGAAAUCGACAGUUGAUCAGCUGGGCUCCGGUGACAGUAGCCCAGUGGUUCUUGCCAAUGUUGCGUUGCAGCUGCCUGAGAUUCUUCCCCAUAAUUUCAAAUAUAUACAAGACAUUGGGGUGGCUCAGAAGCCCCAAGAAGACAUGGCUCCUUCUACUUGUCUUGAAUUUCCAUCUGGACUUGACAAACAGGAAGAGCCCAUUUUGCGUCCAGAGAAGUCCAGUCCUAUUGGUACCUUGCAACAUCCUCAGGUAGGUUUGAAAGAGGACACGGCUCAUGUGACAUCUGUGACUGGUAUAAACGGGAAGAGGAGAAAGAACAGUGAUGAUGAAGAGCAGCCCCCAGCCAAGAGGUCUAGGCAGACUGUUACUGAAUUGGAGCUUGCCAUCAAGUCUAUUGUCCAGUCCUUCCCCUCCCAAGAGAUGGAAUAUGAAGAUCCCGUUGUGUUACCACCUGUCCUCUGUCUCUCACCUUUGAUGUCGUGUGAGGAUCUUGGACUGUCAUCCCCUAUCCUCAGUCCCUCCUGUAAAAGUCCUGUUUUCUCAUCCCCCGUCCUCAGUCCCUCAACAUUGACUCACUGUGAAGAUCCCAUUUUGUCACCCAGUGUUUUCGGUCUCUUACCAUGGAUGCCUUGUGAGGAUCCCAUUCUGUCUCCCCUUGUCAGUCCAUCAUCAACACACUUUCCAGAUUCAAAUUGUUUGUCCCCUGACUUCCGUUUCGGGAUGGAUACUGAGGAGGAAGCAGAAGAGGAAGCAAUACCUUCAACCUCUAGUGGAAUUACAGCAAGAGAGAGUUCCAGACACGUGUGGUUUAGACCUCACUACGACUUGUCAGGUGACUCUGAUUAGAUUGGGAUCUGUAAAAACUGAAGACCUGUUUGGGAAGUCACUUUAGGACGUCAUCAUUCCUCUCAUGUUUUUUUAUUAAAGUCAAUGGGUUUCUAGUUAGCCUGAGGAAGCCUUAGGUAGCGUCUUGCACUGGGGCUUUUCUUCUUUUUUGUG